AUGGCUCCUUCUCCGGCUGCAGGCAAGGCCACUGGUGGCGCCCCCAAGACUCCCACCAAGUUGGGAAGAAAGCCUCAGAGCUCAACUCCUCAGCCUCCUAAACUCGGACAGCAGGCCGCUUCGGGCGCAAGAAAAGCAUCCGCCCCCGAGGGUGCUAAGAAGCCAGAGGUUCCUCAAACGUCUGAGAAGCCAGAGGUCGGUGAUGUGCAAGAAAAGGCCGGCGAGGCCGCCCAAGGUGCACAGGACAAGGCUGGCAAGACCGCCGAAGACGCCAAGAGCAAGGCCGAGGGCGCUUCUGAAGAGCCCAGCAAGGUCGAGAUGAAGGACGACACCGAAGCCGCAUCCACCCAGGCUGGUGAUGAUGAGGACGAGGACGAUGACGAAGGCCCUCUGAGCAAGGUCUCCCAGGCUGGAGACAACGCCAAGGGCCAGCUCCAGGAGCAAGCUCCUCAGCCAAUUGACGACUCUAACGACAACGACACUGCUGCUGGUGCAGCUGAUGACGACGACACCGAAGACACCGAGGACACCGCUGACGACGACAAGACCGUCAAGGCUGGUGACGAAGCAGACGAUAACGACGACACUGUUGAUGAUGCUCAAGACACUACCGGCAAAGUGGCUGACGACGCCCAAAAGACUGGCAAGCAGUCCGGUGGCAACCUUCUCAAGGGUGCUAAGGGACUCGCUGGCAAGGCUUCUGGUCUCGCCGGAAAGGCCGCUCAGGACCCCAAGAAGGCUGCUCAGGAUGCCCCUAAGGACGCCCAAGACGCAGCAGAAGAUGUCAAGGAUACCGCUCAAGACACUGCUCAGGAUGCUUCUGAGAAUGUCCAAGAUGCCGCUGACGAUGCCAAGAAGGUUGCAGGUGAUGCUACCGACGAGGCCGGUGAUGCUGCCGAAGACGUCAAGGACUCUGCUGAAGAUGCUGCCGAGGACGCCGAGGACACUGUCGAGGAUGCUGCCGGUGACGCCACUGACAAGGCUGGCGAUGUCGCCGACCAGGCCAAGGACACUGCCGAAGACGCCACUGAGGAUGCUCAAGACACCGCAGAGGAUGCCACAGAGCAGGCCAAGGGCACCGCGGAAGACGCCACCGAGGAUGCUCAGAAUGCUGCCGACAAUGCCACUGAACAAGCCAAGGGCACCGCUGAGGACUCCGCUGAGCAGGCCAAGGGUACUGCUGAGGAUGCUACCGACAAGGCUGGCGAGACUGCCGAGGGCGUCGAGGAUUCUGCCGAGGACGCCAAAGACACCGCCGAAGACGCUGCCGAUGCCGACGUUCCCGAGAUCAACGACAUCAACGACCUCCCUGUAGACCUCUCCGUGCUCAAGGGCCUCGAGGUUUCCGAGGACGGCAUGGUCAACGACCAAGACGGUAACCCUAUCGGCAAGCUUGCUGAGGGUGACGCUGAGGAUCUUGCUGGUUACCCAAUUGGUGACGACGGCGAGAUUCUUGACGACGAUGGCGAUCUCGUCGGACGCUGCGAGCUCCUCCCCGAGCAGGUCAAGAAGCAGAUGUCUGACCUCAAGAGCAAGGGCGAACUUCCCAAGGGCGCCGAGAACUUCGUCGACCUCCCUGAAGAUGAUGAGGAUGGUGAUGAUUCCGACAAGUUCAACCUCGCCAUCCUCAAGGGCCUUACCUGCGACCCCACUGGUAACAUCUUCAACGAAGAUGGUGAUACUAUCGGCCAGGUUACCGACGGCAACCCUGAGGAGCUCAUGAACGCUACUCUCAACGAGUACGGCGAGUUCAUUGACGAGGAUGGCAACGUCAUCGGCCAUGCCGAUAUCCACCCCGAAGCUCCCGAAGACAUUCAAGAGCAGAUCCAGCAGGCUGCUGAUGAGGCCAAGGAAGCUGCCGGCGACACUGCCGAUGCCGCUGACAAGGUCGACAAGGCUGCCGAUAACGUCGAAGAUGCCGCUGAUGAUGUCAAGGACGCUGCUCAAGACAUUGAGGACGAGCUCCCCGGCAUCGAGGCUCUUCAGGGCAGAGAGCUCAACGACGCUGGCGAGGUUGUUGAUGACCAAGGCGAAGUUCUUGGUCAGAUCGACGACGAGUCUCUCAAGGAGAAGCUCGAGUCCGGCGAGCUCAAGGCCGAAGACCUCAAGAUCAACGAGGAUGGCGAAGUCGUUGACGCUGACGACAACGUCCUCGGCAAGGUCGGUCUCGCUGAGGGUGCUGCCGAGAAGCUCGGCGGCUCUCUUCCUUCUCUCGACCUCCGCAUUCUUGAUGGCAGAAAGGUCAACAAGAAGGGCAAGGUUCUUGACGAUGAAGGUGAGCAGAUCGGUGAACUUGCCGAGGGCGACCCCAAGGAGUGCGCCGGCAAGAAGAUCAACGACAAGGGCGAGGUUCUUGAUCAAAACGGCAAGGUCAUUGGCAAGGUCUCCGUCACCCCUGGCGAGGCUGCCGAGGAGGCCACCAAAGAACUCCAGACCGAGCUCGGCGAGAACGUUCCUGAAGAGGAACAGGAGGGUGAGGAUGAGGAGCAAGCCGAUGAGGAGGAGGCUCAAGGCCCUCAAUUCAAGAUUCCCGACCUCGACGUCCUCGAAGGCCUCAAGGUCAACAAGAAGGGCAAGGUCCUCAACGAAGACGGCGAGGAGAUCGGCGAACUCACUUCUGGUGAUCUCAGCGAAUGCGCUGGCAAGAAGAUCAACGAGAAGGGCGAGGUCCUCGAUGCCGAUGGCAACACCAUUGGCCGUGUCAAGGCUUUGCCUCAAGAGAUCCCUGAAGAGGAGCUCGAACAAGCCGAGGAGGCUGCCGACAAGGCCGAAGAUGCUCAAGACGCCGCCGAAGAUGCCGUCGAAGAUGCAGAGAACGCUGAAGAAGGCGCUGAGGAUGCCCAGGAGGGCGCCGAAGAUGCCGAAGAGGGUGCUGAGGAUGCUGCCGAAGAUGCCGCUGAGAACCUCCCUCCUCUUUCUGUCCUCGAGGGUCUGAAGGUCAACAAGGCCGGCAAGAUCGUCGACUCGAACGGUACCGUCGUUGGUGAACUCACCGAAGGUGAUGCCAAGAAGCUCUCCAAGUCUGGAGUCAAGGCAGACGACCAAGGUCAGUUCUGGGACGACAAGGGCCAUGUCAUUGGUCGCGCCAAGACUGUUCCUGUCGAGGAAGACGAGGAGUCACCUUUCGCUGGUCUCGACGGCCUGAUCGUCGUCAAGGACGGUUGGGUUGAGGACGAGAACGGCAACCGCGUUGGUCAGCUCACCGAGGGCGAUGCCAAGAAGCUCGUCGGUCGUGCUGUCGAUGAGGAUGGUGAUAUUCUUGACAAGAAGGGUUCCGUUGUUGGUCACGCCGAACGUUACGAGGAGGCUGAUCAGGAGCCCGAGCCCGAAGAGGACCCCGUCGACCUUUCUAGCCUCAACGGCAAGGUCCUGAACAAGGCUGGCUUCGUGAUUGGUGAUGAAGGUGUACCUGUCGCUCGCUUGGUCGAGGGCAAGGCCAAGGAACUCGCUGGCAAGAAGCUCGACGACCAAGGUCAGAUCUGGAACGACCAGGGCAAGGUCAUCGGUCGCGUUGAGUUGAUCCCCGAAGAUGAGCGCGAGGCCAAGCCUGACGGCCCCUUCGCUGGUCUCCAGGGUCUCCGCGUCGUCGCUGACGGCAAGGUCGCUGAUGAGGACGAGAACAUCGUUGGUGAGAUCGUUGAGGGCAACGCCAAGCGCUUGAUCGGUCUUGCUGUCGACGAGGACGGCGAUGUCAUGGAUAGAUACGGCAACGUCAAGGGCCAUGCCGAACCUCUCGCAGAGGAGGAAGAGGAAGGUCCUGUCGACAACUCUAUGCUUGACGGUAAGAAGCUCAACAAGAACGGCUUCGUUGUUGACGACAAGGGCAUCCCUAUCGGUAAGCUCAUUGAUGGCAACGUCAAGGAGCUUGCUGGCCGCCAGUGCGACGAGAACGGCGACAUCCAUAACGACACCGGAAAGGUUGUUGGACACUGCGAGGUUCUCCCCGAGAACGAGCGUGUCUCCAGAGCUGAGGGACCCUUCGCCGGCCACGAGGGUCUUCGUGUCAACAAGGAAGGUUUCGUUGUUGAUUCCGAGGACAAUGUUGUCGGAAAGGUUACCGAAGGUGACGUGAAGAAGCUUGUCGGCCUCCAAGUUGACGAGGACGGCGACAUCAACGACAAGUACGGCAACGCAAAGGGCCACGCUGAGCCUUACGAGGAAGAAGACGAAGUCCCUCUCGACAACUCCAUCCUCGAUGGCAAGAAGUUGAACAAGCAAGGAUUUGUCGUCAACGAAGAUGGCAUUCCUCUUGGUAAACUUGUCGAGGGCAACGUCAAGGAGCUCGCUGGUCGCCGCUGUGACGAAGAGGGCAAGAUUCACGGUGAUACCGGCAAGGUCGUCGGUCGCUGCGAGGUUCUUCCUGAGAACGAACGCGUUUCCAGACCUGAGGGUCCUUUCGCUGGACUCGAAGGCCUCCACGUCAACAAGGAGGGCUACGUUGAGAACGCCGAGGGCGACCGCGUCGGUAUCGUUACCGAAGGCAACGUCAAGCGUCUCGCAGGCCUUCAAGUCGAUGAGGAUGGUGACAUCUCCGACAAGUACGGAAACACCAAGGGCCACGCUGAGCCCUGGGAGGAAGAGGAGCAAACCGCUGAGGACCUUUCCGCCCUUGCUGGCUGCACUGUUAACAAGGCCGGUAAUGUCGUCGACUCUUCUGGUACUAUCAUCGGUCGCGUCGCCGAAGGUGACCCGUCCACCAUGGUCGGCAAGAAGGUUGACGGCCAGGGUCAAAUCUGGGACAAUGCCGGAAAUGUCAUUGGCAAGGCCGAGCUCGCCAAGGGCUCCGACACCAAGGCUGAGGGACCUUUCGCUGGGUUCGACAGCAUCACUGUCAACAAGGAGGGAUACGUUGUUACUCCCGAUGGUGGCAUCGUUGGCCGCGUCAUCGAAGGCGACGUCAAGAAGCUUGUCGCCCACAAGGUCGACGAAGACGGUGAGAUCCAAGACAAGAACGGUAACCUCAUCGGCAAGGCCGAGAGAUGGGAGCCUGAAGAGAAAGAGAGAAAGAUCAACCCCAUGUCUGGUCGCCGUGUCAACAAGGAGGGUGAAGUCCGUGACGAGAACGGCGAUGUCAUGGGCAGACUCACUGCUGGUGAUCUCGGCCACUGCGUCGGCCUUGAGGUUGAUGACAAUGGCUACGUUGUUGACAACGACGGCAACAAGGUCGGCGAAGUCACUCUCAUCGGCAACAUCAUCGAAGAUGAGGAGAUUCCUGAGGAGGAGCUCACCGAGGAGGAGAAGGAGGAGCGCAAGAAGAGGGAGCAAGACCGCGAGAUUGCUGAGAAGAUGGGCACCAUCUGCACUCAGACUCUCGAGAGAGUCCAGCCCAUCUGCAAGCAGAUCACCGACCACAUCGAAGCCGCCGACCGUACCCCACGUGAAGAGUUGGACGAGGAAGAUUUGGUCAACAAGGUCAAGCCUCUUAUCGAAGAGGGUGGUCGCAUCCUGCAAGAGUGCAACGGCUCCCUUCGCGGCCUCGACCCCGACGGUCGCAUCGCUGCUCAAGCCAAGGGUCGUGCCGGCACCAAGGAGGCCACUCCCGAGGAGUACCGCCUGGCCGAUACCCUCAAGGAGUUGACCACUACCGUCGUCACCACCAUCGACAACGCAAAGAAGCGCAUCAACGACAUGCCUCACGCCAAGAAGAAGCUCAACCCUCUCUGGGGCCUGAUGACCCAGCCUCUCUUCCAGAUUCUUGCUGCCGUCGGUCUUUUGCUGACUGGUGUCUUGGGUCUGGUUGGCCAGCUGCUCAACGGUCUUGGAUUGGGUGGACUUGUCAAUGGUCUGCUCGGUGGACUUGGUAUUGACAAGUUGCUCGGUGGCCUCGGCCUCGGCAGCGUCGCCAGCUCGCUUGGCCUGGGCGGUAAGAAGGGCAAGAAGGAGGGCAGUGGUGGUGGUGCCAGCAGUCUGCCCAUCGUUGGCGGUCUGUUCGGCAAGAAGUAA